AUGGUUACAGUGCAGACCAGCACACAUACCUUCCACGUAAGCCUGGGUCAUCGGUCUGACUGUAAUGAGUACUUCAGAGCCAUGUCCCAGUCCAGUGGGCAGCUGGCUGAGACCUUGGUGUCGCAGUGCCUUUUGGCCCUGUCAGGUGUUCUAACCCCAGACACCUGCCUGUCCUACCUGGCUCUAGCCCGGGACAUCUGCUGUACUGAGCUGGAGACGACUGUGUUCUUCUACCUCAGCAGGCACCUGCUGGAGCUGCCUCACCUCACCAGCAUGAGGAAGGAGAACCUGAACUCCUGGAACGACCCAGAAGCCGGCCGCCACCUCUUCACCCUGGAUGGGUCAGAGGUCACCGGUGACUGGCAUCCAAUAACAGAGCUCCCCUUCAUGGCUGAUAAGUGGUGCUUCACUGCAGUGAUUCUAUUCAACUACCUCUACCUCAUUGGGGGCUACAGGCAAUGGGCCAAGAGGGUCUGGGAGUUUAAAAUGGCCUCCUUUAGGUUUGUUGUCUCCUUUCUGCCUCUGACUGACUUUCAGUUCACCCUGUUCCUGUCCCAUGACCUCCCUCUGGCCACAAGCCUGGGCCCCUGUCUCUAUGUCCUGGGGAACAUCCAGAGGACUGGAGAAAAGCUGCUACUACAGUAUGACUCCAGGCAAGAAUUGUGGUCUGAGCUGCUCCCUACCCUAACCAAAGCCACUGUUGACCUUCCCAGUCUCUACUUCCUGGGCACCACCGACCGGCUGUUUGUGAUUGGAGGAAAUAACUCAGAGAACGUGGUGGCAGCAUUCUGUGUGGUGUCUGGGCAGUGGGGGCAGGUGAGACAACCACCUGAGUGUUAUCUUGAUGGACAAGGGACAGUGUUGGGUGACCAGGUAUACAUGCCAGGUAUAGAACACAGCACUGCUGUAAUGCUGGAUCGUCACUCCCUCUCUCUCACUGUCCUCCCUCCUCUACCCAUCUGCACCCGCUAUGAAGUCCUACUUCAACUCUCCUUCUGA